UAUGUGUAUUCAGUUUCUCUCUCCUUCGUAAGAACACAGCCGCCUGCCUUCGCCUGCUGCUGCUGCUGUUCUGACUAGCUUUUUGCUGCCUCUUUACCUCUCCUUUACUCUCUGCUUAGCUUCUAGUUUUCUGGUACCGCUCCCAGGAUGGAGGCUAACCACUCUGUACAGCUCUCGGGAGAACCACAGUCCGUGCCUCCGGGGGACAGUUCAUCACCACCCAGUCUAAAUGGCCUGGAGAAGCAAGGGCAUCGAGACUCCUCAUCCCCACUCCAAGCACCACUGAAGGAGGCAGAGGUGAAACCUGAAUCAGGGGCUCAUGACAUCUCCGAAGAGUUGAACAGACAGCUGGAAGCCAUCAUUAACACGUAUGGGCCUGCUGCCCACGCCGCAGGCAGAGAGAGCUCCACCACGGAGCAGCCUGAGAACGCAGAACCCGCUGAUCAGGAGGACGCGGACUGUGAGGAAGCCGCUGAAGAGGCCGAGAGAGAACCCAUCACUUCUGGAGAGCCACCUACAGCCAAAGAGCCUGUCAGCAAUAAAGAGCAAAAAUUGGAAAAGAAAUUUCUAAAAGGAUUAGGCAAAGAAGCCAACCUGCUAAUGCAAAAUCUUAACAAGUUGCAAACACCUGAAGAAAAGCUUGAUUUUUUAUUCAAGAAGUAUGCUGAAUUGCUGGAUGAACAUCGCACUGAGCAAAAGACCUUAAAGCUCCUACAAAAGAAGCAGGGUCAGAUCCAAAAAGAAAAGGACCAGUUACAAAGUGAACACAGCAGGGCUGUCCUUGCUCGAAGCAAACUGGAGAGUCUGUGUCGGGAGCUACAGAGACACAACAAGACACUGAAGGAGGAAACUCUUCAGCGAGCACGGGAGGAAGAGGAGAAAAGAAAAGAGAUCACGAAUCACUUCCAGAGUACCCUGACAGAUAUCCAGGCCCAGAUUGAGCAGCAGAGUGAGCGAAACAUGAAGCUGUGUCAGGAGAACACAGAGCUUGCAGAGAAACUGAAAAGUAUCAUUGAUCAGUACGAGCUCAGAGAGGAGCAUCUGGACAAAAUUUUCAAACACAGAGAACUGCAGCAGAAGCUGGUGGAUGCGAAACUCGAGCAGGCUCAAGAAAUGAUGAAGGAGGCAGAGGAGCGACACAAACGGGAAAAGGAAUAUUUGCUGAACCAGGCAGCGGAGUGGAAACUGCAGGCCAAAAUGCUGAAGGAGCAAGAGACAGUCCUUCAGGCUCAGCUCACCCUUUACUCUGGAAGGUUUGAGGAGUUCCAGAGCACACUGACAAAAAGCAAUGAGGUGUUUGCCACUUUCAAACAGGAAAUGGAUAAAACGACUAAGAAAAUGAAGAAGCUGGAGAAGGACACAGCCACAUGGAAAGCCAGGUUUGAGAGCUGCAACAAAGCUCUGUUGGACAUGAUCGAAGAGAAAGCAUUGAGAGCCAAAGAAUAUGAGUGCUUCGUGAUGAAAAUUGGGAGGCUAGAGAAUCUCUGUCGGGCUUUACAAGAAGAGAGAAAUGAACUCUACAAAAAAAUCAGAGAAGCAAAAAUGCCUGAGAAGGAUGAGCAAGGCCAGCACACCUCUGACGAAGAGCCAGAGGCAACUGUUUCUGUGGGUGAAGAGGCUGACGCAGAAAACGUCAACAGUAUUCACGAUGCUGUGAAAAACCUGGCCACAGCCUUCAUGGUUAUUCAUCAUUCAGAGCCGACCCUUGACCAGUCCAAAGAACUCCAACCAGAACUCAGCAGUCCUCAAGGGGGCGCUGACAGGGCCCCCAAGGAGCCAGAACAACUCUCUUUGGGCCCUUCAUGCCAUUCAGAGAGUUCUCCACCUCCCCCAGCUUCUCAGGCUGAGGCUGAAGGAGGCCAGGAGGCAGAACCCCCUCCCAGUGCCAGCAAUCUCCCUGUGGGGUCCGGAGCAGAGCCCCAAGACCAGGGUUUCCCCACUGGAGUACUGGCUGAUCAGCAGCCCCUUCCGGAGGCAGAAGCUGCCUGUCAGGCUCCACAGUCCUCACUAGAGGCCUUCCCACAGGGGACGGAGGCAAGUGGCCCUGCCCUGGCACCCCCGGCAGAUGAGCAAGUGCCAGCUGGGGGGCCUGGACAGGAGCCCACUAGGCAGCUUCCAGCAGCAGCAGCGGCAGAGGGCCUUCCAGAAGGGGACUCCGCUGGAGCCCAGCUGCCCAGGGGGGCCGACACCAACCUGGAGGGAGUAGACUAAGCCUCGUGGUGCCUCCAGAGGCUGUUCUUCCUGACUUCACAUCUUCAUCAUGAAAGACUGUCUUCUGAAAGAGGCAUUAAGGGCCAGGGAUGUCUAAUGAAAGAGACUUAAUAAGAAUCAAAACAUCUUUAAAUGUUAUGCAGAGCACAUUCAGCCUUUGCUAUUUGUUCUCAACUUAUAACUGAUUUGGAGCUUUUGUGUUUAACACUGGUUAACAGUAUAAUUUUCCCAAAUGGCAACAAAGCAUGCUAAAAGAAAAUUUAUGUUAAUCUGCUAUUAAGAUGGUACAGUACUUAUUCAAUUUGUUAAUCAAUAGUAAGAUUUAGUAUUUAAAGACUUCCACUAUAACAUGUGAUGUUCCAUCUUUAUUUCCAUAUAUAGCUUAAUAAGUUCCAUAGGAAGUAAUGGAUGUCCAGGUUCUAUUUAUAUAUUAUAUACAUAAUAUAUACAUAAGUACAGGUACAUGUGUUUAAAUACAGGUGUGUGUUCAUGUGUAAGUAUAUACAUGCAUGUGCUCGUGCAUGUAUAUACACAUAUGUGUAUUAUCUGUGUGCACUUACAUAUAUUUCUUUAAUACUUUUUAAAAUUUCUCUCAUGCAAAAUAUUUAGAUGCUAAUCAAAAAAUUUAUCUUUUACUUGCUCUUAGGACUACAGUAGACUAAUGUUCUAGGAAUCAGAAAUAGCUUCAGGACACAAGUAUUUAGGCCACGUAAUGUCAGGCAAAAAUGAGUAAACCAAUGACAGGUCAAUAAAUUCAACCAAUGGAUCAAAUGACAGAACCGCAGUUGGGCUGGACUGCAAGUCCAUGGAAAGUGCAUAGGUGUGAAGAUGGGCACAAUCGACCCAAACUGAGAGGGGAGCAACAACAGGUGUGGACUGCUCACUUCUUCCAGCGUCUUCUUCUAUGCAACUCAGCCCACUGCCUUGCAACCCGGCUUACCUGUGGCUUCCUGCACAGAAGGGGUUGGAGUGGGAAAGGGAGUGAGGGCACGGAGGGACUGAGGGUCCUCAGACAAAGAAGAAGCUGUGCUCAUUCAUCCCCUGCCUCUUGUGCUACCGAGGUCCUGAGACAGUGAACGCGCCUGGCCCUGCCAACUGCACAGCCCCUCCUUGUCACCAACCGCUCUCUCCAGAGGGUUUCCCACCUCCUCCUCCUGUCACUGUCUCCGUCUACAUUCUCAAAACAUCUGCUCCCUCUUUCCACCAGGAAAUUUCAAUUUCCUGCCCUCGUUUCAAUUAUUGCUAAGUAAAAGCUAUUAUCUUUCCCAAACAGGGUCUCAAUAUGAGUGAUGAGGCUUACAAGCCAACACAUUUUCUUCUACUUGAGGAAUUCUCUAGUGCCACAAAGCACAGGACAAAUAGCUCUCUACUCAACAUGACUGGAAAAAUAAGUGAGGAUUCGGGACAAGACAAAAGCGUGAAACACCUGGGGUUGUCUACCUGAGUAUUACAUUACCCUUGCUUGACAAGAACCCCCAAUACUAGUGACAGCAUAAGUUACUCUCUGGGUAAAACGAGACCACACCGAAGAGAUGGGAAGGAUGAGAGGGAUGGGGGAGGGGAGUAAGUUCUAGAAGGAGGGAAAAAGGGAAGAGGAAAGAAAAAAAUGGAUCUAACCCAGCCCCACCUUGUAAGUUGAACUCAAGUGGAAAAAUGAAUAAAAGCAAAAUUCUCUACUACUCAUGCAGGAAAUAAUUCUUCAGUGUCCCAUGCACUGUCUGCCAAGGCACACAGAGUGCUCGUCAACAUGCUACAAGAACUAACUGCAUAAAAUGUGUUUGAAGUAGACAGUGAGGGUAAUAACUAAAUGCUAAUCAAUGGGAGGAAAAGCUUAUUGUUAUUUGAGGAUCCGUGUAUUUUUUAAAGACCUAAGAUAUUGUAAUCACAGGGGAUCCAGCCAAAUUCAGCAUCACUUGAAGUCUUAGAGAUUUAAACAUUCAUUUAAUUUAGAGCCAAAUAUUCACCAUAACAAUUCAGGAGGAUCUCCUUUUCCACUAUUUACCAGGGCUAAACUUCCAAGAAUGGACUAAGGUUAGAUAAUCACAGUAAAGUCUGUCUGAAAUGUUUAGCAAAGAGAAACAGGCAAGAGAGGAGCCAAAAUCUGGGAAAUCAAAUAUUCUAAUACUCAAAGUUGUGUUUUGUUUUUUUUUACAACCAAAAAACUUUCAUAGCAACACAUUACUAACUAUACAUCUUGGGCAGAGUUUUGGAUACAAUAACUUGCCUGAAAUUUGCAAAACUUAAUAUAGGCUUUGGGAAAAUUAUUUUCAUAUUCAAAAAAUGUUUUACUAGAGUCCUUUGUGUUAAAAUUUGGCCUUACUAAUUAUAACAAUAACUCAUAAGACCUGAACGAAUGAGGUCUUUAUCAAGUUCAUGUAACUAUUUCUACAGGUGACGAGUCUACUUUCCCACUAGACUUGUUUGGUGUUUUUUGAAUGAAACAACUAUGAUUUAUGUGUCUAUUAAAAUGAUACUUUGUUUCCCAAA